UUCGUCAAGAUCAUACAGUUCAUCGCGCAGGAGCGUCUGGACUUCGCGAUGCGCGACAUUGUGUUCGACCUGCUGAGCGUGGGGCGGCCCAUCAAAGUGAUCCUGUCUCCUGAACGCAUGGCCAUCGGCCUGCGGGCCUUCCUGGUGGUGGCGGACAGCCUGCAGCAGAAGGAGGGCGACCCUCCUAUGCCCCGUACCCUCGCCGUCCUGCCCUCCGGCAACACGCUCAGGGUUAAGAAAACUUUCCUCUCCAAGAUGUUAACAGAAGACACGGCGCGUAACAUCGGUCUAGCCUCGUAUUACCCGCUCGUGCGCAAGACCUUCAACGACAUGCUCAGGGCGCUCGACGCGCAGUUCGGCAAGCCUCUCAUCAUGACCAACGCGCACAACGUCAACAAGGAGCCUGAUGAGCUGAUUGGCUGUAGCCUCCAGGCACUCGUCAUCGACUUCCCUGAGUGGCGGCAUGAGGUCAUACAUGGGUUCAUCCAGUUCAUGAGUCGCGAGGUGGGCGACGCGUUCCCUCAGCUCGUAGACGCGUCACUGCGCAUGUUGCUGCAACUCUACAUGGCCUGGCGCUCUGCACUCUCUGCUACUUCUACUUCUACUUCUACCUCUACUACUGCUGCUGCUGCUGGUGGUGUUAACAGAGGCACGCCGCCCCAACUGCAGCACCUGCAGUGCCUGCAGCUCAGUCAGCAGCGCGGGGACGACCUGGAGGUGGUGUGUCUGGGGGAGGCCGUGUCCCUCGUGGUGCUCUGCUCCUGCCGCUCCGCCCCACGGCGGCUGGCGGCCCUGCUGCUGAAGGAGCUCAAGCUGCUCGCCGCCGCCCUGGUGGGGCCUGCACACCAGCACACCUCCCUGCUGGACUGUCUUGACAGACACUGCGGGGCGGUGGUGGAGGGCGUGAGUGCCCAGGUGGGCGCGUGUGAGAGGGCGGCGACCUGCGCAGGGGGCGCGGGCAGCAGCGGGGGCGCCGGCGCUGACCUGCAGUGGCUGGUGGAGCGCACGGGCGCCCUCUGGACGGGCGCUGAUGUCGACAAGGGCGCCACGUCGCCCGCCCAAACUGACGUCUGGCCCCAGGUGCUGCUGGGUUUCCUGCAGGAGGGGCGCGUGUUGUCGGAGUGCCCUCGAGCUUCUGCCCUCGCCUGGCCCCUCGCAUACACUAGGGCUGCCCUCCUCUACCCCACCAUUGACCCUCUUCAGCCUAACGACAACCGCGCGUCGCUGCUGCGUUCAGCAACAACCCUCAAGAAGCCCCCGGUGUGUGAGCGCGACCUGUACCUGAACCACUGCUGGACUGUCUUGACAGCCCUCGUACACUGCGGGGCGGUGGUGGAGGGCGUGAGUGCCCAGGUGGGCGCGUGCGAGAGGGCGGCGACCUGCCCUGGGGGCGCGGGCAGCAGCGGGGGCGCGGGCGCCGACCUGCAGUGGCUGGUGGAGCGCACGGGCGCCCUCUGGACGGGCGCUGACGUCGACAAGGGCGCCACGUCGCCCGUCCAAACUGACGUCUGGCCCCAGGUGCUGCUGGGUUUCCUGCAGGAGGGGCGCGUGCUGUCGGAGUGCCCUCGUGCUUCUGCCCUCGCCUGGCCCCUCGCAUACACCAGGGCUGCCCUCCUCUACCCCACCAUUGACCCUCUUCAGCCUAACGACAACCGCGCGUCGCUGCUGCGUUCAGCAACAACCCUCAAGAAGCCCCCGGUGUGUGAGCGCGACCUGUACCUGAACCUGUGGCGUAACUACGCCGUCCUGGCGUGCCGUGUCGUGCCCUCCGUCAGCUCAUCGUCCUCCGUCGUCAGCAGCUCAGUGUCAGCCACUGGCUCCUCGUCAGCGUCAGCCACUGGGUCAUCGUCAGCGUCGUCCACGCCUGUGCAGCAGCGCUGCGCCUCCCCUGACAUCAGCAUCGGCUCGUCCCCCGACAGCGGCGUAGGCAGCGGCGGGGUGGCGGCGGGUGGCGGGGUGGCGCCGCCGCUGCUGUACAAGCUGCUGGUGCCGCUGCUGCGCUGUGACCUCAGCGAGGUGCGCGACGUGGCCAGCCUUGCCCUCGGCAACAUCAACCCUCGUGCCCUCUGCGAUGUGAUGGAGGAGCUGGUGCCGCUGGUGCGGGAGAGCCUGGACAGGAAGCAGGAGAACAUGAGACGACGCAGACGCAGGGACGCCCUCCGUCUGCAGCUCAUGAAGCUCUUCCAUGCUGCCGCCUCUGCAGGCACCUUCGCCCUCAGCGAGGGCGUGGUAGAGAGCGACACGGGCGCACUGCUGAAGCACUACCUGGACUACCUGGACGGCGCGCGCUGCUACCUCGAGAGCGACUGGGACCGCGACAACCUGCUGCUCUCUCACAUCAAAGUGCUCUUCUGCCAGUUUGUGAGGAAACUCCUCACAAGCUUUACGUUGGAGCAGCAGCAGACGCUGGUGCCGCGGCCCAUCAGGCGCGGUCUCUUCUGCAUGUUUGCGUCCUGGACCGGCAGCUACGGGAUGCACUUCGGCUACACGCCCCGGGACGUAGGGCCGCAGGGGCAGGAGCUGCAGGACAGCGCGCUGGAGGCGUGCGUCGCGGUGCUCUGCUGCGGUCCUGUGCACGACGCCGCCCUCCUGCUGGAGGACGCCCUCCUCUACCACUGGCUCGACGCCCUCCUCGUGUCCCAGGCCUCCGCGCUCGCCCACGAAGCAAUAGUGCUGCUGCUGGAGUUUAACCCCGACAGCGGGGCGCUGCUGGACUGGCUGGUGGAGCGCUGCUACACGGCCGAGCCUCAUGUGGGCGACGAAUGUUUCAACGCCCUCGCCACCAUCUUCUCAGCACGGGAGUACCCGUGUGAUAGAUACACGGCCAUCAUGACCGUGUCACUGCUCUACACGGCCUGUCCUCGCUCUCCCAUGCAGGAGACCGCACUACAGUUGCUGCAGGUCCUUGAGACGCGUUUCUUCGGUACCUCCUCGGCACUGUCCGAGCUGGGGGCGAGCACCACAGGGGCGGCAUGCUCGACACUCGAUGUCCUUCUGUCGACCACCUACUCGCGGUCACAUGUCUUCCUCUCCAAGCAGUUAGCUCUCCUGCACCCCGAGCUCACCAUGCCUAUCUUCUCCGAGAUAAGUUGCAGACUACAGACCGCCCGUCGGGGUCUUCGUCAGCUGCUCUUCAGCUGCCUCCUGCCGUGGCUCUUCAAUAUGGAGCUUGUGGACCCCGCGCUGCCCCCCGCACAGCCCCCCUGCUACGCCUACUACAGCGACGCUGGCGUCAGGAGGGAGGGCUGGGGGUCCGUGGAGGCCACGGAGAUGGCGCUCAAUAACCUCUUCUACAUCACCGCUAAGUUUGGGGAGGAGCACCCACGGGAGGUGGGGGAGCUGUGGGCGGAGCUGUGCUCGUGCUGGCCUAACAACCUACGAGUCAUCAUCCGCUACCUGCUCAUCGUCGUGGGCAUGGCGCCCCAGCACCUCCUGCCCCAUGCGCAGCGGGUGGCCGUGAGCCUGGGCAUGGCUCGCCCUGACCGCCUCGUGGAGGAGCUCAUGGUGGAGAUGGGGUGUGUCGAGACUCUCUGUCUCAUUGAAAGGACAGAGACGCCGCCCUUCUUCAGGGUGACGGUGACCAGGAAGUACAGCGGGGGCGAGGAGCCAGCGGCUGCUGCUGCUGCAGGAGAAGGGGGCGCUGCAGAGGGCGCUGAAGGAGUGGACGGCAGCGCUGCAGGGACGGUCAGCGAGGCUGGAACUCUGCACACCAAACGACACUCCGGGGACCAUCACGACAUUGCCGCCGUCCGUGGCGAGCAGCGCAGUGCGCCAGGUUCGUUACGGUCAGUGUCGAGCCUGGGCUCGGCCGUGUCGAGCGUUAUAGCCGUGGACUGUACGGCCACGGUGACGUCGUGUGGUGCCGUCACCACCACGGCCACGACGUGUGGUGCCACCAACCAGCGGUCCUGUUCCUCUCGUCCUGCCUCAUCACUGGCGCCCAACUCAGCUGCCACCUCCAACAACUGGGAGGACUCUGCUAAUGAAGACGCUGCGGACGACAACUUCACUCUCAUGCGACGAGCGCAGAAGCAGCAGCAGCAGCAAGACUCCCGCCUCCUGCAGCAGCACGACACUCGUGCCCUGCAGCACCCGCAGGUCCUCCCCACACAUAUGGCCUCUAAUGAAGGGGAAGAUGGUGCGCCCUUGUAUGAGCCUCCCCAGCCCCACCCGCUGCCCAUGCCUGAGUACGGCGGCUACUUCGCCCCUCUCACGGAGUACCUGCCCGACAGCUCCCUGCCCAUCACUGCCUUCCACAGAUGUUACCUGAGCGUGCUGCUGAUGUGCGAGGUGCUGGUGGCCGGGGUGGACGUGGACUGCCACAGCGUGGACUGGAGCAUCCACGUGCCCCUCAUGCUGCACAUCGCAGUCCUGGGGCUCGACCAUGCCCGCCCCAUCGUCCACGAGCACUGCAAGCGUCUGCUGGUGCACCUGCUGACGGUGCUGGGGGACCACAGGGACCACCUCGGCAUCGCGCGCGUCCUCCUCAACAGGAAGACCACAGCCCUGGGAUACAAGCUCAUCCCGCACACCGCCCCCCUCACCCCCACCGACUACACUGAGCCAUCAACGGACGACUCUCAGCGCACGACACCGCCCCUCGCCUCCCCUGUCGGGCGCCACGACUCCUCCUGUGUCACCUCCAAGGGCCUCACCACCACCACGCCCCACGACGUGGUCACGUCACUAGACGCUGAGAUGAGCGACGAGGACGACGAUGUUGCUGGUGUGCUGGGUGAUGACAAUGACGCCACUAUAACAGAAGGGACGGCAGGGACGAUAGAAGGGACGGCAGGGUCUGGACGGCACUCGGACGAGCUGCAGAAGAACAUCAAGGGCAUCAUAGACUUCAUGGCGGCGCACGAGGGGCAGCCGCUGUGGAGCUACGAGGACAUCACACCCAAGCAGCUCACCAUACGCAGCGCUCAGCAGCUCGCUUGCUUCGUCAGGCACAUCGUAGCUCUGCUGAGCGCGUCGCUGCCUCACAGCCACCUGGAGGAGCGUCUCGCGCAGAUCGCCCUCCACCUCGCCCUCAGCUGCUCCUCCAGACACUACGCCGGCCGCUCCCUGCAGGUGCUGCGCUGCCUGCACGUGUCUCUGUCGUCGCGGAUGUUGUCAGAGCUGCUAGGGCGGCUGGUAGAGACCGUGGCAGAGCAGGGGGAGGACAUGCAGGGCUACGUCACAGAGCUCAUGCUCACUCUCGAGGCCGCCGUCGACGCUCUGCAUUCCGAUUUCCGGCCCAUCGAGUUCGUACGAGAGCUGUUCAAGUCGACGCCUAACUUAAACAAGGACCGCAAGACCGGGGGCACCACGGGGGUCUUGGGGGCCACCAGCUGGAGUCACUACCCCCCACUUCACCGCUGCGGGGUCCCCCACCCCAGUUAUCCCCCCGGGUCCCCAGGACACCUUCGGUCCACAUCCUUCUCCGCCUCCUACGCCAGGGGCAAGCAGCAUCAGCAGCACCCUGCUGCUGCCGCUGACAUAAGAGGCGAGAUGCGUGGUCGCAGCGGCACAGACGCAGACGCGCGGUACCGUCAGCAGCAGUUGGAGCGGCUGCAGCAGCAGCUGAAAUGGCGCGGGUUCCCCGGCGUGCACGCGCUGCUGCUGAAGGGCUGCACCUCCCCCACCCUGUACGAGCCCUGCCUCACCCUCCUGUCCCGCCUCACCCGCUACACCCACCUGCAGGUCAGCCAGGUAUGUGGUGUGCUCUGCAUGCAGGCUGCAGAGAACAUCGCGCAGGUCAGCCAGGUAUGUGGUGUGCUCUGCAUGCAGGCUGCAGAGAACAUCGCGCAGGUCAGCCAGGUAUGUGGUGUGCUCUGCAUGCAGGCUGCAGAGAACAUCGCGCAGGUCAGCCAGGUAUGUGGUGUGCUCUGCAUGCAGGCUGCAGAGAACAUCGCGCAGGUCAGCCAGGUAUGUGGUGUGCUCUGCAUGCAGGCUGCAGAGAACAUCGCGAAGGUCAGCCAGGUAUGUGGGGUGCUCUGCAUGCAGGCUGCAGAGAACAUCGCGCAGGUCAGCCAGGAGUGCAGUGACGAAGGCAAGCAGCUGCAGAACCUGGCGACGGUGAUGACGCUCUACAGCCGCCGCACCUUCAGCAAGGAGAGCUUCCAGUGGACCAAGUGCGUCGUCAAGUACCUGCACGACUCCUACGGCGCACAGGCGCCCGCCCUGCUCGCCUUCCUUGUCGAGAUCCUGGAGAAGGGUCCGAGCUGGGCGCAGUGUCCCGUGCUGAACAUCGUCUACUGCCUCCUGCACUACACGGACAUCUGCGGCCACACCUCGCCCCACCUCCUCGCUGCCAUUGCCAGCCACUUGGAGGUCUGCCGCACCAUGGAGUUCACCUUCGACGUGACCGAGACGCCGGUGAUCGGACGGCGGCUCCUGACGCAGACGUCGACCACCGCCGCCGCCCCUGAGGGCGCUGCUGCAGGCGCCGUGAGCGACGUCCCCGACGCGGCGAGCCUGGCGUCCCCACGUCGCUGCUCCGUCGCCCCUGGGGACACCCUGCCCUCCUGUCUCUUAUACACAUCUAGAUGUCAUCUCUGGCAGAGUCAGGCGCGGGUGCGGGAGUGCCUGGUGAAGCUGCUGAACACCUGCGGCCAGCGCGUCGGCCUCCCCAAGAGCCCCUCCGGCGAAGACUGCGAGACGGACAGCGUCGGGGGCGAGACGUGCGACGUGUGCAGUCUUGACGAAGACGUCGUGGGGGGCGAGAGCACGUCUAGCCUGAUAAGCAGCUACCACCCACCACCUCCUGCUGCAGCCACCACUGCACCAACACCCACACACUCCUCCGCCACCUCCACCUACGCCCCAACACCAACUCUCUCGACGUCCUCCUCCACCUUCCCCAUCCUCCCCACACCCGCCACCUCCGUCUUGCCGUCUCUUCCUCAGGCCAACCACAAGGCGCGGGUGCGGGAGUGCCUGGUGAAGCUGCUGAACACCUGCGGCCAGCGCGUCGGCCUCCCCAAGAGCCCCUCCGUGAUCUUCAGCCAAAGUUCGGAGCUGGAGCGGCAGUCCUCCAUGGCCUCGUCCACUGAAGAGGUGUCCGCCGCUGCAGGAGGCGACGACCGAACUCCUGCAGAUGACAUCACUUCCUCCGAGAACCACUUCGCUGUCUUUAAGGACUUUGACUUCCUCGAAUACGAGCUCGAGAGCCAAGGGGAGGAGAGUGUUGACAACUUCAACUUGUGGGGCGUACGGCGUCGCUCUCCGACCAACUCCUCAGCUGCCACUGGGGACACUCCUGCCAUCUCUCAGCCCCUGAGUCAGCAACUGCCCCAGGAUAUCCCCAGUCCUGCUAGUCCCCCCAGUCCUCCCCCCGAGCCAGACUGGUGGAGGGAUGAGGAUGGCUCAGUCUCACCCGUGGACGACUCUAGCCUCCCCACAUCCCACACCGAUAUGCCCAUCGGCAAGUCUGUUCUGCCGUCGGAGCGCCUGAAGCAAGUAGGGGAGGAGGAUGGGGAGGAAGAAGGGGGUAGACCGUCCUUAUCUCAAGAUGGCGCAGGUCUGCACAUGGCACUACAGCCCCCGGGCACGCUGCAGUUGACGGCCGCUGCGUCUGCCAUGAGGCCUUCGUCUCGUGGCUCUCUGUCUGAGGAUGACAGCAGUGAGGAGGACCUGGGUGACCUGACGCCCUGCAACGCGCCCCCCAGCCUGCUGUUCCCGACACGCCCCCCGGAGCACCCGCUGCACUGCUGCUGGCGGGCACACCUCUCCAGCCUCACCAGCCUCGGGGCUGGUCUAGCCUCACCUGCCUACUCCUGUGCGCUCUUCUCUGCUCUCUUCUCGGAGUGCGUGAACAAGACGCUGAGCGCCGUGCGGGAGGCGGCGCCGCUGCUCGGCCACCUGGGCAACGCCACGGCGACCCUCGUAGCCAACUUCGAGGCUGUAGGGUGCGCGGCGCCGCUGCCGUACGUGUACCUGGACGCGGCGCUGCUGGAGCGCUGCGCUGUGGCGGCCAAAGUUGUAGACGCGCUGCGAGGUUCUGUUAUGAAGGUGUCGGUGAUGAGCGACUCAGGAGAGAGCAGCACCAGCAGGGGGUACAGUGAGGAGGUGGAGGUGUGUAGGGCGCUCUACAGGCUACACUUCCAAGUGUCUCUACUCUACGACAGCUACGCCAAGAUGCUGCUACUGCUCCUGCAUGCUGCACGACAUGCUGCUACACAGGGCGAGGACUGCGAGACGGACGACGUGUGCAGUCUUGACGAAGACGUCGUGGGGGGCGAGAGCACAUCUAGCCUGAUGAGCAGCUACCACCCACCACCUCCUGCUGUAGCCACCACUGCACCAACACCCACACACUCCUCCGCCACCUCCACCUACGCCCCAACACCAACUCUCUCGACGUCCUCCUCCACCUUCCCCAUCCUCCCCACACCCGCCACCUCCGUCCUGCCGUCUCUUCCUCAAGCCAACCACAAGGUGUUGCAAUUGGUGGCGAACCAGAAGUGGCGUGAAGUGGUGCAGUACAGCGACGAGAACAGCGUGGUGUGGCAGCAACCUGGCAUGCCACAUCACAACAUCACCACCGUGCUCAACAUCUACUGCACUUACUUGGCAGAGAAGCAGCCAGGGAUGAUCGCCGUGUGCUGCACUGAGGCUUAUCUUAGCGAGACUUCCCAGCAGUUGGCCGACGCUAAUCUCGCAGCCCUAGCAGCUCUGCGCCUCAUGGAGACUGAGCAGCAACUGCUGGGGCAGGGAAGCAGCAGCGGCUUGCUCCCCAGCACAGGACCUCAGCUCUCUGGCCAACACGCGUCACUCUACUCGACGGCCGCCGGCAGCACGUCACCGCAGUCACAGCCUCUGGGACUCUACUCGUCAGCUGCCCAGUCCCUGCACUCGUCGCAGCACGCAACGUUGCAGUGUUGCCAACCCUCGUCAUCCCAACAGGUCAUGACGCUAAAUCGACGCAGGAAUGCGUCCUCGCACAGCCCUCACUCCUCCAUGAGUGACGCUGGCGUUACGGCCGUCACAGCACCCGACCUCUCGUCGCCCGUUGUGUCACAACCUCACAGUCCAGACUUAGCAAGUCUCAGUCAGUCGUACAGCUCACGUAUCAGUCACGGAUCUCCCGCAACAAGUCCACUUCGAGGCACCGCACCACAGUCCUUUAGUCGCCAAAAGUCCGCCAGCGCCGCCGUCCUACUGACCAGCUCUCACGGGCUCUCUAGUCCGCCGCUGCCCAGGAGCUCAGGGCUCUCUGAGCAGUCAGAGAGCCCUGCUCAGAGGGGGGCACUGCAGGGCUCUCAGAGCUCUGCUCAGAGAGCCCUGCUCUCUGAGCAGUCAGAAAGCCCUGUCGGAGCCGACUCUGUUGUCGGCUCCGACAAGCAGUCAAGUUCUCAGCCGUGCUCGCCGCACCGCAGCACCCCGUGCUGAUUCUUCAGCUGACCACGCGGCCUCUGCGUCGUCCCCGCUGUUGAAUCUCUGCAGAAACUCUGAGCCGCGCGCCCGUGAUGUCUCAUAAAAUCUCCGUUGUUCAUCACGUUGAGCGUUGUUCAUCACGUUGGGCGUUGUUCAUCGCGUUGAGCGUUGUUCAUCACGUUGGGCGUUGUUCAUCGCGUUGAGCGUUGUUCAUCACGUUGAGCGUUGUUCAUCACGUUGGGCGUUGUUCAUCGCGUUGAGCGUUGUUCAUCACGUUGGGCGUUGUUCAUCGCGUUGAGCGUUGUU